CGGACCGCGGCAGGCGGCCGACUCUUGCGUCUUCCGGAAGCGGAGCGCCGGACCCCCAACGGCUGGGUGUGCAAAGCGGCGGUGGCGGGCGCGGCGGAAGCGAGGAGACCUGAAGGGGACCCGGGCCUGGCUCCCGCGCCGGGGUGGAGCACCAUGGACGAAGCAGGCAGCUGUGCGAGCGGCGGAGGCUUCCGGCCGGGCGUGGACAGCCUGGACGAGCCGCCCAACAGCCGCAUCUUCCUGGUGAUCAGCAAGUACACGCCCGAGUCGGUGCUGAGGGAGCGCUUCUCGCCCUUCGGCGAGAUCCAGGACAUCUGGGUGGUGCGGGACAAGCACACCAAGGAGUCCAAGGGCAUCGCCUUCGUCAAGUUUGCCCGCAGCUCCCAGGCCUGCAGGGCCAUGGAGGAGAUGCACGGCCAGUGCCUCAGCCCCAACGACACCAAGCCCAUCAAGGUGCAGGUUUUCAUUGCUCAGUCCAGAUCAUCUGGAAGUCACCGUGAUGUUGAAGAUGAAGAACUUACGAGAAUAUUUGUUAUGAUACCAAAGUCCUACACAGAAGAAGAUCUGCGGGAAAAAUUUAAGGUGUAUGGAGAUAUCGAGUAUUGCAGCAUUAUUAAGAAUAAAGUAACUGGAGAAAGUAAAGGUUUGGGUUAUGUUCGAUACUUAAAACCAUCACAAGCUGCCCAAGCAAUAGAAAACUGUGAUCGAAGUUUUAGGGCAAUCUUGGCUGAACCUAAAAAUAAAGCAUCUGAAUCCUCAGAACAAGACUAUUAUAGUAACAUGAGGCAGGAGACAUUGGGACAUGAACCUAGAGUAAAUAUGUUUCCAUUUGUUGGAGAACAACAAUCUGAGUUUUCAAGUUUCGACAAGAAUGAUAACAGAGGCCAAGAAGCUAUCUCCAAACGCCUAUCAGUUGUAUCAAGAGUUCCUUUCACUGAAGAGCAGCUUUUCAGUAUUUUUGAUAUAGUACCAGGAUUGGAAUACUGUGAAGUUCAACGAGAUCCUUAUUCUAAUUAUGGUCAUGGAGUGGUUCAGUAUUUCAAUGUAGCAUCAGCUAUUUAUGCAAAAUACAAGUUACAUGGGUUUCAGUACCCUCCUGGGAAUCGGAUAGGUGUUUCCUUCAUUGAUGAUGGGAGUAACGCAACAGAUCUUCUCAGAAAAAUGGCAACGCAGAUGGUAGCAGCACAGCUUGCAUCAAUGGUGUGGAAUAACCCAAGUCAGCAGCAAUUUCUGCAAUUUGGAGGAAAUUCUGGAUCACAGUUGCCUCAAAUCCAGACAGACGUUAUACUUCCAUCGUGCAAAAAAAAAGCCCCUCCUGAAACUCCUGUGAAAGAAAGACUUUUUAUCGUGUUUAAUCCUCAUCCUUUACCUUUAGAUGUAUUAGAGGAUAUAUUCUGUCGUUUUGGUAACCUGAUCGAAGUUUACCUCGUGUCAGGAAAAAACGUGGGGUAUGCCAAGUAUGCAGAUCGAAUAAGCGCCAAUGAUGCCAUUACUACUUUACAUGGAAAGAUCCUAAAUGGAGUCAGACUUAAAGUUAUGCUGGCGGAUUCCCCAAGAGAAGAAUCUAACAAACGACAAAGAACUUACUGAUUCUUGAGCAUUUUCCCUUCAGAAAUUCAGUACCUGCUUGCAUCGUCCUUCUGA